AUGUGCUGGCAUUGGUGCAGAGCAAGCGACGCGUGCGAGAGGAAAAGUGGCGUCAGUGGAAACAAUCAAGACGAAAGGCGAUGGCAGUCGACAGAUGUUGAGACGGACAAAUCGUUCGAGGCGAAAGACAGCUUGUCUUUCAGACCAGCACCCAAAGAUCAGUUUCAGGAGGAGUUGAUCAUCCGACCCCUGCACUCGGGGGACAUUUAUGCAAGCUUCCAGUUCCGCACACUAUGGGACACAGAUUUCUUACAGGAGGGAAAUAAGGUUUCCCACUACCGGCUCUUCCCCAAAUCCCUCGGCCAAGUGCUCUCCAAGUUUUCAGUGCGGGAGCUGCACAUCUCCUUCACGCAGGGCUUCUGGAGGACCAUGCAGUGGGGUCAGCCCUUCAUCCCCUCUCCACCUGGAGCAGAGCUCUGGGUGUGGUUCCAAGACACUGUCGCUGAUGUGGAUGAAAACUGGAAGGAGCUUACCAAUGUCCUCUCUGGAAUCUUCUGUGCGUCUCUGAACUUCAUCGACACCACCAACACAGUUCAGCCCAGUGCUUCUUUUAAACCGCUGGGUCUGGGAAAUGCUACAGAUCAUCGCUUUUUACGCUACGCAACAUUACCACGUGAGAUCGUCUGUACUGAGAAUCUGACGCCGUGGAAGAAACUACUCCCAUGUGGUUCUAAGGCAGGUCUGGCUACUCUCAUGAAGUCGGAAAAGCUGUUUCACAGUAGUUUCCACUCCCAGGCUGUCCACAUCAGGCCUGUCUGUCAGGACGUGCAGUGCACCAAACCAGCAUGGGAGCUGAGGCAAACUCUCAAUGUUGUAUUUGAUCUGUACACUUCAGGUCAAAGCAAAAAGGAAUGGUCCCUGUUUAAGAUGUUUUCUAGAACUCUGACGGAGGCCUGUCCUCUUGCUUCCUCUAGUAAAGUCUAUGUGGAUAUCACAGACAACCCUGAGGGGGAGCUGUUUGACCUUAGCCCUGCCACUCCUGUCCUCAGUCAAGCUGUUGUGCUGGGGGAUCGCAGGACGUAUUCAGUGUACGACCUGACUAAAGCAGACACGUUUGGACAGUUGCGUUCACUCAAUCUUCUGCUCCGCUGGAAAGGAGACCACGGUGACAUGUUGCGUCCCCUGCUGCAUGCGGAGCGCUAUGUGGCCGGUUUUGGCCUGCAAACAGGGGAAAUUCACACUCUCGUCUACAAUAACCACCCAUUCCGGGCUUUUCCGGUCCUUCUGCUGGAGUCGGUGCCCUGGUACCUGCGGUUGUACAUUCACACUCUUAAGGUCACCAGCAAAUCUCGUGAUAACAAGCCCAGUUACAUUCACUACCAGCCCUCUAAAGACCGCCAGCGUCCUCAUCUGCUAGAGAUGCUGAUCCAGCUACCACCUCAUUCUGUGACUGAGGUCACUGUACAGUUUGAAAGAGCUCUGCUCAAAUGGACCGAGUACCCCCCAGACCCAAAUCACGGCUUCUACGUUGGAUCGUCUGUCAUCAGCGGCCUGGUGCCAAGUAUGGUUGCAAUGGACACUAACUUCACCCAAGAGCAUCCGUUGUUUAGCAGUUUUUUCCCAGUUAAAGAGGAGUCCAACUACUUCAUGCGAGUCUACACCGAACCCCUGCUGGUAAAUCUACCUACGCCUGAUUUCAGCAUGCCCUACAACGUCAUUUGUCUCACCUGCACUGUGGUCGCGGUGGGAUACGGCUCCUUUUACAACUUGCUGACGCGCACAUUCCAGGUGGAUGAGCCGAGCCUGCCGCUAGCAAAGCGACUGGCCAACCUGAUUCGUCGUAUAAGGGGAGUCCAGCUGUUGACUUAACUGCGGAGAACAUGUCUAAAACAUCCAUAUUAGGCAGCUGAGAGAAUUUUUACGCUAACACAACAGAUACUUGAGCUUUAAUGUGCUUUUAAUCCUGGUGGGACUUGAAGCCGAAUGACUGUUUUGAACUGAUAUUGAACAGAAGAGUUCCCUUUCAUAACAGAAGGAUUUUUUUGGUUUUACAAAGGCAUGGUUAGAUUUGCUAAGGCAGAUCUCGGGCAUCUGGGAAAAGAUCUAAACUGCGAUACUUGAUGUUAAAUGGUCUCACCCUUUGUGAGCAAGCCUCGAAGUGCAGGCGGUACAACAUAACUACUGAAAAUGGAAACUUGUUAGGAAUGAAGCGAAUAUUUUCCACUUACUGUAAUGCACUGAUAUUUAAAUUGUCUCUUCUACAAAACCUUAUUUUGUGCAGUUUUUUGUGGGCAUAACAACCAUCACCAGGCUGAGUGUCAUUGAUUCGGAUGACCGUCUGUCCAACUUUCCCAUAAUAAACAAACGAAACUCAA